AUGGAUAGAUGUCGCUGUGAUGAGUAUAUGGCCGCUGUUGAAAAACUAAGGUUUUACACUGUGGGGACGCAUCGGCCUGAUAUUAUUGAUAACUAUGACAGGUCGGCUUUCACUACGAUUUGGAUGCCACACGGCGUGGACUACGUGGACUUUAAGUUCUCUAAACCACGAGCCUACAAGAUACGACCGGAGAUGGAGAACACACAGACAGACAGACAGACACGCAUACAGAACAUGUGGUGUCGUUAUAUGAGCCCGGUUAAAGAAUAA